AGGGCCGCCCAUCUCCGGUUCCAACAAUAAAAAGAUAGUCUAGUCUGGAUUUAUCAGCAGAUGGAAACGCACGCGAGACUGCCCCCUUUCUCGUACCGCCCCUGCGCCAUCUCAAAAGCUUUUAUUUUGAAGGCCGUCCAUGUUAGAGCAAGUGAUCCAGUAGGUUUCGGUUUUCGGCGGGAGGAGUUAUUGUUUGACGGUGAAUAACAGUCGCCUUCCCUCCAACAGAGAGCAGAGAGCAGACGAGGACAGCAGAGAAGCCCCCAUCGCGGGGACAGGUCAGAAGUACCAAAAUGAGGAGCUGCAACCCAUGGGUCUUUUUGCCUCCCAUCUUCUCUGUGUGUACCGCUGCUGGACUUUGGGGGGUGUAUUUUGUAGCUCUCUACGAUAACAGGGUGUUACCACUGAGCUCAACGUACAGGCGCAGGAAUGGAACCGCAAAUUCUCCCUACAUCAGCAUGGCAGGCAAUUUCCCUCCAGCCAGCUGCAUCUUCAGUCAGGUCAUGAACCUGGCAGCGUUCGCAGGGUUUGUCGUGGGCAUCCUCAGAUACCUUCAGGUGAAGAACAGAUUGGACAAGCCCUGGCUGAACAACCUUAGCCUGGUGCUUUUCUCCAUCUCCUGCUUGGCAAUGACAGCUGUGGGGAACUUCCAGGUGCUGGAGAUGAAGGGGAUUCACGACGUGGCCACGUGGAUGACGUUUUUGCCGGGCCUCGUCUACUUCUUGAUUCAGUCCUACAUCACGCUGAAAGUUAACCUGAGGAACGAGGGGAGGGUUGUUGCCAUCUGCCGUUUCCUGCUGUCUGCUGCCAUCAUUCUCUGCAUUAUACUCAAGCAGUCCCUGGGGAGCCUCCCCUACAUGCACAACGUCCGAUGCCAGUGGGCCCUCGUCAUGCUCUACCUGAUCUUCCUCAGCACUUUUGCCAUCGAGUUUCGUCACUGCCGCUUCGAGGUGGUGUGCAGAGACGCCGUGGAGGAUCAGAGCGAGCCAGGAGCUUCUCCAGGGUGCAGAGAGCAGCUCAAACAGCUGUAGGAGUGCCACACAGCCCUGUGUAACUCUGUUAAAAUGUUUUAGAUC